AUGUCCGCAGUCUACAAGACCCUUUCGAAACCCUCCAAAUCCUCCUCUUCUCGGGAUGCCACCAAUGGCAACGCUCCACACCGCACCAAGCAAAGGGUACUAAUCCUUAGCAGUCGAGGUGUGACAUAUCGACAUAGGCACCUCCUUAAUGAUAUCUACUCACUCCUCCCCCACAGCCGCAAAGAUGCCAAAUUGGACACGAAGACGAAGCUCUAUCAGCUCAAUGAAUUAGCUGAGCUCUACAAUUGCAAUAACAUCAUAUUUUUCGAAGCGAGGAAGGGAAAAGACUUAUACGUCUGGGUCAGCAAGGCGCCCAAUGGGCCAACCGUCAAGAUGCACAUGCAGAACUUACAUACAAUGUCUGAGCUUCACUUCCCUGGAAACUGUCUCAAAGGAUCCCGCCCUGUCCUUUCUUUCGACGCCACGUUCGACUCUCAGCCAUACCUUCUCGUCAUCAAAGAGCUAUUAACGCACACAUUUGCCGUUCCGCAAGGCGCACGAAAGACGAAACCAUUCAUUGACCACGUUAUGAGCUUCACAAUUGCAGAUGGCAAAAUCUGGAUACGGUGCUUUGAGAUCAAAGAGACUGCAGUAUCGAAAGGCGAGAAAGGUUCGGAAACAGAAAACGGCAUCAAUGGCGCCGCCUCGGGUAAUGCAAUUGAGGGUCCUGCGGCGAAGAGCAAGGGAGAUGGAAGCUCCAAGAUCAGUCUGGUGGAGAUCGGACCAAGAUUCGUUCUCACACCAAUUGUGAUCUUGGAAUCUAGCUUUGGUGGACCAGUGCUAUACGAGAACAAGGAAUUCGUGAGUCCGAAUCAAUUGCGAUCGGACUUGCGGCUGAAGAAGGCUGGACGGUAUAACCGGAGGAGCGAGCAAGAUAUUGAAAACAAGGCUAAACGUGGAGAUCUGGGUCUCAGGACUGGUGUCGGCAAGAGAAAAAUAGAUGAGUUAGAUGAAAAAGUACUGUUUGCGUGA